AUGGGCCAAAUCAUCCCCACCCCCCGUCGAAAAGAGCCAGAGCUCUUUGGUUUUUUCCCAACAUCGUCUCCUCCCAUCCCGUCGCUGUCUGUAGGAUACGGCGGCUCGCCAUAUGCGUCGCAAUAUCACACACCAUUAGGUUCUAUUACGGCGUCUCCAUACAGCAACUGGACCGCAUCACCCGCCAGCUUGAUGAUCACCACAUCCCAAACUGCAUCACCAGUACCUCUUAGUCAUUCACUUGAAUCUCCUCCUACACGCGGUGCGACGCUUGGCACUCCGCAAGUCAGUCCGCAAAUGCGCCCCGGCCAGCUUGCUCGUCCUUUUACAAAACCUCUAUCAAAAACUUUUAUAGAUUUGAGCGUAAUCGACGAGCUUCCAGUGCUGCCAUCCAAUGGGCAGGGUGUCGACGACUUUGCUUUCGAUAGUCCGGACUUUUCGACAUCAGCAAGAAGUUUUAAAUCAAAAGUAAUCGACUCAGGCGCACCAUUCUCGUCUAUUUAUUCGCUAGAUGCUAACACACUUCCCCAAAGCAUUCUUAACCGAAUAUUUGACUGUUACGUCGAUAACCUGCGACGAGAUGCAAGUGGUUCGCCAUUCGCAACCCCCGAGACACUACUCCAAGUCUGUAGACAGUGGAAAGAUAUAGCAGAACGUCAAGAGAGUAUAUGGGCCAAGGCCUAUAUCACUCUCAUCGACGAGCAGGUUGUUGAGACGUGGAUACUGCGAAUCAACAGAUACUAUGAUCGAGUUCAAUUCAUCACAGACAUUAAUAUUCAAGAUCAACGAGAUCUCAUUACGCCCAAGCUAUUGGGUACGAGUGCUGACCUCUAUCGUCAACUCAGGACGGAAGGAUUUCUGACGCAUCUCAGCGAUAUUGCCUUCUUGAUUACAGAGCUUCAUAGAAAUCUCUCGCGCUGUAGGUAUAAGAGGUUUCGCCUCGCCAUGCCACUCGGCUUUGUCGAAAUCAUUGACCAACUCGAUGGCGAUGCAAGAGCGCUUGCCAAGUUAUAUCUCGACAAGAUAUUCCACCUCGAUCUGCGAUUCCUCGAGUCGCUCGAGCUAGAAAAUGUUGGAUGGGUCACACCUACAGCACUCAAAUUUGACUACGCUCAACUUCCACGUAUAUUCCAACCGUUUAGCACCUCACUCAGGGUGCUUUGUCUAUACAACUGUUUUCUCCCAAAGAUUCCAAGUCUCGAAUUCCUGUACGAGGUACGCCUCGAGCAUUGCUUUUACUGGAACCUAUCACGCAGACAAUGGGAGCCAGUUGGUCAGAUAAAUGCCUCGGGUGAGCCCAAGGAAGUUGAAGGUUGCUGGAAUCUUCAGGCUUUCACUAUUGGGCCACUCACCGCCCCGAUCACCCCUUUAUACCUUCCAUCGCUCCGUACGUUGGAGAUCGUAACAUGGUGGGGCCAGGAAGCGACAGUACUUUCCCAUAGUCGAAAUCUAUCUGCACCCAAUCUUCAUAGACUAAUCAUAUCAUUACCACAUGUCCGCUUUGUCCAUCUCACUCCUCAUCUCCCGUCACCUGUCCAACCUGACCAAACCGUGGAUGCAAUCACUAUAUUAUUUACAAACUCGGAGCUUAUCAAGGUCAUCGAAGCGCCUAAGACGGUUCUCGUCAGUAUCCUUCGCUUCCUAUAUGAGCGUUCCUCUCCUUCGUCCACGGACAAGCCGAGAGAUCUCACUCUAUGCGAACACCUACAGGGGGUACGAAUACCGCUCACGGGUGACGAGACCAAAAAGCAGCUUCAAGAUAUCGCUCUUGGAUACUUUGAUCUCUCACUCUCUUAUUGGCCUUCGACCUAUCCGACGACUCGUAUAACCACGCGCCGAACAAUAAAACGCACGAGUCUGGAUCUCGGAUCCAAACUCGCGGGAUUAUGGCGUCCCUAG